AUGAACAGCUAUUCCUGCUGCCCAGACAGCUGGCCAGACCGUCCACUGGGAAAGGAGCCUGCGGAGGGGAGUGCGGGCCUUGUCAGCAACACGGCUGACAGCCCAUCCGUUAUCCACAGGGCUUGGCAGAGAGUGGCCCAGCCACCUCUGCCUGUCCCUGCACUGCCUGGGUUUGGCGCCUACCCCGGCUACUAUUUCAUCCCAACAUCCAGUGGACCAAAUGAAAGAACAGAGAAAAAUCAAAUCCACUCUUCCUUUAGGGUCAAGAGGAAACAGAGAAGAAACUUGAGUUCGGCGCUGGGUUCCAUGUCCCCAACAACAUCAUCCCAGGUUUUGGCCAGAAAAAGACGUAUAUGAAUAAUUGAGAAGCGCCGACGAGACCGAAUCAAUAACAGUUUGUCUGAGCUGAGGAGGCUGGUACCCAGUGCUUUUGAGAAGCAGGGAUCUGCUAAGCUGGAAAAAGCAGAGAUCUUGCAGAUGACUGUGGAUCACCUGAAAAUGCUGCACACUGCAGGAGGGAAAGCACUCUCAGCCUUCCCCUUCUCCUUCAGCUCCUUCCAUCUACUGAGCCCUUCGACACCCACGCAGGCAGCAAACCUUGGCAAACCCUAUAGACCUUGGGGGACGGAGAUUGGAGCUUUCUAA